AUGGAUUGGGUGGUAAUAGUUGGGGACGCCUGGGUUUGGGUCACGACAUGGAACGUUAAAGAGUUUGUCAAUGGAGGGGACGUUGUAUUGGCUAUGAAUGAGGACAACCAUGUGUUCAGUUGGGGACACAAUCAGAGUGGACAUCUGUUCAUUGAGUUGUCGAAUACACCCAUCGGUUCCGGAGGUUUUGGAACCGUAUAUAAAGUAAAGCACAGAAUCGAUGAACACAUAUAUGCCGUCAAAAGAGUCCAAAUUAAAGACUUUUCUGAGGAAUACUUACAACGAGUCUAUAAAGAAGUCCGGAAUUUAGGAGCCGUUCGUUCAGAAUAUUGUGUUCAGUAUUACAACUCAUGGCCUGAAGACAAACACCUCUACAUUCAGAUGGAGUUCUGUUCACAGAAUCUGCGGAAUAUUGUUGAAGUGAAACCACAAGUAUUUGGUCGACAAUUAGGAGAAGCCAUGGAUUGUGUCGAGUAUUUCAUUUCGUGUGAAAUAUUGCGACAAAUCUUAGAAAGUGUUCAGUAUUUGCAUGAAUUGAAUCCACAGAUCAUUCACAGAGACCUCAAACCCGAAAAUAUAUUAAUUGCUGAUGAAGUGAAACCACAAGUAUUUGGGCGACAAAUAGGAGAAGCCAUGGAUUGUGUCGAGUAUUUCAUUUCAUGUGAAAUAUUGCGACAAAUCUUAGAAAGUGUUCAGUAUUUGCAUGAAUUGAAUCCACAGAUCAUUCACAGAGACCUCAAACCAGAAAACAUAUUGAUUGCCGAAAAUUUAAGGAACGGUAGAUUUGUUAAGUUAUGUGAUUUUGGUUUAGCUGUUGAACACCAAAGGGAAACUCAGAGUCACUCCAAACACACGGGAACUCCUAAAUAUAUGGCCCCAGAAUUGUAUCAAUCUAAGUAUACAGUAAAGGUAGACAUAUAUAGCCUGGGUAUUAUUUCUAUGGAAAUGUUCGACAUAUCAUUA